AUGGUUAGGAGGAUCAAAGUCAAGAACCCCAUUGUGGAGAUGGACGGUGAUGAGAUGACGAGGAUCAUAUGGCAUUUAAUAAGGGAAAAAUUGAUAUAUCCUUAUCUAGAUGUAGAUUUGAAAUACUUCGACCUAUCGAUCGAAAAUCGAGAUAAGACAGAUGAUCAGGUAACAGUAGACUCUGCUAAGGCGACUUUAAAGUAUGGUGUCGCGGUGAAAUGUGCUACGAUUACUCCGGAUGAGUCAAGAGUUGAAGAGUUUCAUUUGAAGAAAAUGUGGCCAUCUCCCAAUGGUACAAUUAGAAAUAUACUUGAUGGUACUGUAUUCAGAGAACCGAUAAUAAUUCCGAAGAUUCCUCGUCUUGUUAGACAUUGGGAGAAACCUAUAAUUAUAGGGAGACAUGCAUUUGGAGAUCAAUAUAAGGCCACUGAUGUUGUUAUCCCAGAAGAAGAAGGCAAGCUGAAGUUGAUUUUCCAACCAAAGGAUACAAAUAAACCAGCUAUUGCUACUGAUGUGUUCGAAUUUGAUGGUGAUGGUGGAGUUGCCUUGGCCAUGUAUAAUACAAGGAAAUCCAUUAAAGGCUUUGCCAGAGCAUCAUUUGAAAUGGCUUUAAAAAGAAAAAUGCCACUAUUUUUUACAACCAAGAAUACUGUGUUGAAACGAUAUGAUGGAAAGUUCAAAGAUAUUUUCCAGGAAAUGUAUGAAAGUGAUUAUAAAGUGCAAUUUGAUGAAAUUGGAAUUUUAUAUGAACAUCGGUUAAUUGAUGAUAUGGUAGCACAAAUGCUCAAGUCCACUGGUGGCUUUAUAAUUGCGAUGAAAAAUUAUGAUGGUGAUGUGCAAUCCGAUAUUGUGGCUCAAGGGUUUGGUUCUUUAGGUUUAAUGACGUCGAUGUUAGUCGCUCCUGAUGGGAAAACUUUUGAAAGUGAAGCUGCUCAUGGUACAGUGACAAGACAUUAUAGACAAUAUCAACAUGGUCAAGAAACCUCUACAAAUUCAAUUGCUUCUAUUUUCGCGUGGACAAAAGGGAUUAUUCAAAGAGGUAAACUCGAUGGCACUCCUGAUGUAGUUAAAUUUGGAAAAUUACUGGAAGAAGUUACUAUUGAUACAGUCGAAAUAGAUGACAUCAUGACAAAGGACCUGGCAUUAAUGUUACAUAGAGGAGAAAAAUCAGACUACGUAACAACAGAAGACUUUAUCAAUUCAGUUAAAAGAAGAUUAGAUAUCUCGAUGAAACAGAUGUUCACAACUAAAGUUGCUAAAUUAUGA